AUGGUGGCCACAUUGCCAUCAGCAGCAUGGAAAGCUUGCCACCUCCGGGACAGCUCAGGAGCUGCAUCGUCUCUAUCUCCACCUCUGGCUCCCACUCCUCAUGCUGCUGCUUCUGAAACCUUCAGUGCAUUUUCACUGAGGAUGACCGGCGGGAAGAUUGAGAACAACGGUGGUGCACCCAUCUCAUGGUCAGGCAGGCUCACAGUCACAUUUCUGCACAGUUCUGAUCCAGACCUCUGCUCAGCAUUCUGUGACAGGCAAGAGCAGGCAUUAGAGUGCAGACAGAGUUGUGCUAAUCAGAACAGUUUGCCCUUUGGCUUUCCUCAGAAAGCUUUUUCUCUUCUGCAGAAGGCAUCUGCAUUUUUAAAGCCACAGCUUGUUGGAAAGAGCUCUGAACCACAAAAAUGUACAGGAAGAAGGAGAGUUUCUAGCCAUGAACAAUCUAUAGGUAAUUUACAAGAAUCCAUAUGUAUUUCAAUAGAAACUACAAUUUACUGA